GAUCAUCAGCUCAUUACACGAUUAGCAGAGGAAUUCUUGUAGAUUCCUCUGUUCUUCUUUCCAUAGCUUGGAAUAUCAGGAGCUGGCUUGGAAUCUUCUAAGCAAGGGGGAAAAGUUCUCUGGGAUAGGGAGAAAUAGAAUCCUGUUCUCCUGCUUUUUUUACCCCUAGAAUAUACUGCUCUGAGAGGAGCAAUAGCGAGGCAUAGUUUGGAAUUUGGAGGUUUGAGGAGGGAGGAAGUAAUCUCUAGAGCUGUAUGAGGAGGCAUUGAGACAAUGAGAGAUGAGAAUUCAAACAAGACCAAGAAGCUGUCCUGGUCCAAGACCUUCGUUAGGAAGUGGUUCAACAUCAAAACAAAAGCUAAGGACUUCCAUUCAGAUUGUGCAUGUGAAGAAGUAGGCGUGCAGUGGAGAACCAGUUUCUCGGAGAGAGAUGUAUGCAAAGCCAAGAAAAGCAGAACAGAGAGGUUGCCUAGGAAGAAUGCGGAUCGAGAUUCUCGGGUAGGAAAUGGAUUUGACCGUGCUUAUAUCACAAAUACACAAGACUACAGGGUCUUUGUUGCUACAUGGAAUGUGGGUGGAAGGUCGCCAUCGAGUCAUUUGAAUUUGGAAGACUGGCUUCAUACUUCUCCGGCUGCUGAUAUAUAUGUCAUUGGAUUACAGGAAAUUGUUCCUUUGAAUGCUGGCAAUGUCCUGUUGACCGAAGACAAUGGUCCAGCAAAGAAAUGGGUUGCACUUGUUAGAAAAACCCUGAACAAUUUAGAUCUCCAAGGCUCUGUUGUGUAUAACUACCACACCCCCUCACCGGUUCCAGAUCCUAUUGUUGAGCUCAAUGUUGAUUUUGAACGAUCAUCAAGAAGACCAAGGAACUCUUCUUUCUUCCAUCGACGCUCAUUCCAGUCCUUCAACCGAAGUUCAAGAAUUGACAUGAUGGAUCCUCACUCAUUAGUGGACCGUCGUUUCAGUGUUUGUGAUCGGAUUAGCUUUGGGAGUAGGCCAAGUGAUGCUGACACCAGUAUGAGAUAUGGUGGGUCAUCUGAUGAUGAGAAUAUUGACGAGGAAUCGCCUAGUGGUAUAUACUUCUCACCAAUGCCAUGCGGUUAUGGUGCUCCACUAUGCUAUGAUGAUAACAAAAGACAGUUCAUAAACAAUAGCAGAUAUUGCCUAGUUGCCAGCAAGCAAAUGGUUGGUGUUUUUCUCAUGGUUUGGGUACGAAAUGAUAUUAGGGACCAUGUGAAGAACUUGAAGGUUUCGUGUGUUGGCAGAGGUUUGAUGGGAUAUCUUGGAAAUAAGGGAUCGAUAUCGAUCAGCAUGUCUCUGCAUCAGACAAGCUUCUGCUUCGUCUGCACUCACUUAACCUCGGGGCAAAAGGAUGGUGAUGAACUUAGAAGAAAUGCUGAUGUCGUGGAAAUUUUGAAGAAGACCAGAUUCCCUCAUGUUCAUGGUGCAGGUGACGAGAGGUCACCAGAGACCAUUCUUGACCAUGAUCGCAUAAUAUGGCUUGGAGAUCUAAAUUACCGAAUAGCUCUUUCAUACCGUUCGGUGAAGGCUCUAGUGGAGAUGCACAAUUGGAAACAGUUAUUGGAGAAGGACCAGCUUCGAAUAGAGCAAAGGUAUGGUCGGGUAUUUUCAGGCUGGAAAGAAGGGAGGAUUUAUUUUCCUCCCACAUACAAAUACUCCUACAACUCUGACAGAUACGCAGGUGACGACAUGCGUCCAAAUGAGAAGCGAAGAACACCGGCAUGGUGUGAUCGGAUUCUAUGGUAUGGGAGAGGAUUGAAUCAACUAUGUUAUGUCCGCGGUGAGUCUAGAUUCUCAGAUCACAGACCUGUAUACAGCAUUUUCACAGCGGAGGUUCAGAUACCAAACCAAACCCAAUUUAGCACCUUUACUCGUUCUACCUCUCUAAUGGGGGUGGAUGAACUAUCAUACCCAACUUAUCCACGCAGUUACACAGAUAUCAAUUUUUAUUGAUUGUGUAUCUCGAUGGAGCCAAGACAUUCUUCAGUCCCAGAAUACACCUGAUGAACUUCAUUUCUCCCAAGAUUCCAGCAAUUGGAAUAUUCUCGGCCAACAGAUACUCAAGGAGAUGCCUUCUAAUUGUAAAAUUAGCAGGGAGAUUUGAUCAGUGAUGCGGAAGUUUUGAAUCUAACGAUCCGCGAGUACCAGUUUACAACAUAAAAAAAAGAGAGGAGAGUUUUAGUUCCGAAAUAAGCUAAUCACUAACAACUGAACCUGAUUUGCAGUGUGCUUUUCGAUACCCCCACCAUCAUACAGAAUUCCUUUUUCCUUAGCCAUUUGUACCUGAAAGGCUUAGUUUCCUCUUUUUCUUUGUUUCAUUUUUUUUUUAAUCUUGGUCUUCUGCUGUAACAAGAGCCCCUUGGCCCUGAUAUUUAAUUGGAAGAAGAAAACGGUGCACUAUCAUUUGUACAGCAUACUGUUGAUGCCAUCAUGGGGGUAUUGCAGUGUGCCAUGGUUCAUGCUUGCCAAGAAAUGAUCACCAGCACGCAAUUUCACUGAGGCUUGUGCACAAAGCAAGGUGCUGAAAAAGGUAGUAUAAUCUGCCUGCCUGCCUCUGCCUGCCCCAUAUAGUAGUAGCUGUUUUCUUUUGCCACAUACUUUUCCUUUACCAUGAGAAGGGGAAGUAAAAGCAGCAGUAGGGAGGAAUCACUGUGGGCAGGUUAGGGGACAUGAAAGCAGUGGGAGACAUCAACCAAAAAGCACAAGGCUCAGAUGCAGACGAUGGUAGUAGUACACUCCUCUCAUCAAGGGGGAGGGUUGCAGCAUGCCAAGAAGGCGAGCAUGGCAUGCAUGGCUUGGUCAUGGAUGGACUAGCAGGCUGCAGGUCAGGCCAGGAGUACUACUACCCAUGUAUCCGAGACCUGCUUUCUCAAAAGAAUGGAAACAAAAAGAGAGGGAGAGACACCCUGGUCCAAAGUCCCAAGUAGCAUCUCAGUAGGGAGCUGAGCUUGGACCACCUGUGUUCUUUUCUCCACUCUUUUGUCCCCACUGCUUUUUUUUAGGGGUACUUAGUUGGUGAAAUAAAAAUUUUACAUUUG